GAAGGUGUCAGAUCCUUCCUUACUUUUCUUUUUUUUUCAACCUUUUUCAGACAAGGCCUUAACUCGGUAGCCCAGGCUGACAGAUCUUAACAAUCCUCCUGCCUCAUCUCCCGAGAGCGCUGGGGAUUCCAAGCCUGGGAACCACCAUGGCCAACUUUUUGAGCUUCAGUUUCGUGCUCCCUAAAGUGGGCAUCUUAGAUGUCCCUAACUCGCAGGCUGGCAGAGCCCAGCCGUGGCCCGGCGCCCCACAAGUGGCCGACCAACACGUGGGGGAAGCGGCGGCGCUGGCGGAACUCAAGCGCGUGGGACUCGGUGCCCACCCGGACCCGUCGGCGACUGCGCUGGCGGAACCCAGGCGGUCCGGGCUGAGUGCCUGCCGGGACCUGUGCGGUGGCGGCGGCGUGGGCGGAAGUGCGGCGCCUUCAGCCACUACCUGGAUAGGAGGCAGAACAGUAGCCCCUGAAUUUUUCAUCCCGUCUUCACCUGCCAAGUGCUGGGAUUACAGGCCUGCUCUGCCACAAUUUAUGCUAAACUAUUGAUGGAACUCGUUUAAUGCUUGCUGCACAAGUCCUCUACCACUUGAGCUAUACUUCCACCCUUCCCCGUCCCCACUCCCUGUCCCCUUCCCACGUAAUUCAGGCUGCUUGUAGAACUCUCCACUAGCAAAGGCUGGCCUUGUUCGGAGGUGUUCCCGGUCUCCAUUGCUCAAGUUCUGGGGUUAUAGGUGUUGGCCACUACGCCUAGCUCUGCUCGCCUUGAGGCCCCAAGGAAAGACCUGUGAACUGCUACCUCUUCACUGACCAAAGUCAUGGGACGGAAUAGCCAGACAGUGGGAUGGAUGGGUUUAGAUUUUAACCUCUGGGCAGGAAAUCCAGGAUCUCUGGAUCAAGAACUCUGAGGUCAGGCCAACAGGGAAGAUGGGUAAUUUUAGGUGUCUUUACUAGACACUAGAGCAUAAUCUUCCUUACUUCUCUCAAUUCUUUUUCAUUGUCUUUUUUUCCCUUUUUGUUUUUUCGAGACAGGGUUUCUCUGUGUAACAGUCCUGACUGUUCUCGAAUUCACAGAAAUCCCUACUUUUGCCUCCCAAGUGCUGGGAUCAAACGUGCCGUAAUCAAAGCCAGGGCCAUGCAGACCCCGAUGCCCAUUCCUAUGCCAGUGCCAGUGCUCCGCCUCCCUCGGGGCCCCGAUGGCUUUAGCCGAGGCUUUGUCCCUGAUGGACGCAGGACCCUCCCGAGGCCAAAAGUUCCAGAAGUCGGAGGAGAAGGUCGUAUUCAAGACCCUCAAGACCCCCCAGAAUUGCAGGAACAGCGGGCCAGAGCUGCUCUCCGAGAGCGCUACCUCCGCAGCCUCCUAGCCAUGGUGGGGCACCCUGUGAGCUUCACGCUGCAUGAAGGUGUGCAUGUGACCGCUCAGUUUGGAGCCACAGACCUGGAUGUAGCCAACUUCUACGUGUCCCAGCUGCAGACUCCCAUAGGCGUGCAGGCAGAAGCCCUGCUUCGAUGUAGUGACAUCAUUUCCUAUUCCUUCAAGCUGUGAAGAUGGGUGUCUCCCUUGUAGGCUUUGCCACAGUAGCCCAGGUCUCCAGCUGUUCCUGGGCCUCAGAGCUCUUCACACCUUCCCAGACUUCCAGAUCAAGCUCCAGGGAACUCUAGCUUCACUCCAAACAAGACACCCGGUGCUGCGCUGAUAAUCCCAGCUCUCUAGAGGCUGUAAUGGGAAGAUUGGAAAUUCAAGGCCAGUUCAUGCUGCAUUGGGAGAAGACUACAUACAUUCUAAUCUCAUUUAUUAAAAGUACCAUUCUACCUCAGAACACUGAACUUUACAGCCAUAGGGCCCCAAGGCUAGUCCCUAAGGCCAGGGUGGGUGUGGGAGGUGGGCAGGCACUAAAGAGCUCUGAAGCUGCUUCUCCAUCUCCCCUCCUGCCAAAGAAACCAUCGUCCAAGGAA